GCACUGCCCGAGAAUUGAGAUCAUGUCCAACCAAAACAAAUCUGGUUGGGCUCCUCUUCUCUCUCGAUCUCGGUAGACACAUAGAUUGAGGGGUUGUGCCCGUUGUGCCCGUUGUGCCCGUUGUGCCCGUUGUGCCCGACCCAAUCGAUUGUCAAUUGAUGGCCCAUCCGCACAAUCUAGGCGGGCUAGUCCCUCCCACGGGCGCGCCGGCCACUGCUGGCCACGCCUCAGUGGAACGCGAGCAGAAGUUGCUGGACGAUGCCACGGCUAGCCUGGCCACCCGCCUCCAAGAGUUGAAGGGCUCGAUCGCGGGUCUGAUCGGCAAACUCGAGAACGACCCGCACCUCAAUUGGCCGUCCUUCCUGGACUCGUACGGCGUGAUCACCGGCCAGCUCAACUCCCUGCUCAAGCACAUCAAGAACCCGGAGCGCACGCCCAACCUUAAGAAGUACAUUUGCCUGCCGCUCCUGCUGAGCCCCGAGCGCGAUGAGGCCAUGCUCCGGCUGACCGAAGGCCGCGUGGCCACCUUCUCCCACGACCUGGUGCCCCAUUACCUGCGCACCAAUCCCGACCCUGACGUCCAGUCCAAACAUCAAGGCUACGAAUCACGGGCCUCCUCCUUAAGCCAGGAUACGGCCACCAAGCAGUUGUCCGUCAUGGAGAAGAUCAUGCGGGAAACGGGCAAGACCAUCAAUCGCGAGAAGGACGACAUGGAUUCACGGGCCUCCAAUCGGGCCGAGAUUGAGAAGACCUGCACCAUUGAAGACACCUACGGCCUGGUGGCUACCGUCAGUUUGGGCAAGGGCUUGAAGUCGGUCAUGGUGCCCACCAUGAGCGGCCAUGCCGGGGGCUUGGCCAGUGGUUCGGGCGGGAGUGGGCGAGCCCCGCCGCCCGGCAGCAGUUUGGCCGGUCCCAUGGCCAAAGUGCCCAGUUUGAUCAAGACCAAUAUCAAGGCCGCUACGCAAGUCCAUCCUUAUUCUCGCCCUUGAAGCUGAAUUAAACGAAGCCCAUUGAUGUGUUGUAAUGUGAAACAAACUUAGAUCGAUCAGGUAUUUACGUUAUUCCUCUUUUUGUACUCCAG